CAUCUACUCACAACUCUUUUUUUCUGUCCAACAAGUCUCUCCAAUGGUGGGUGAAGCAAAGUUGAUAGAAAAUAGGGUGGAAAAACCCGUCUCCACAGAUGGUUUAUUUCGUUUUAUUAAAUCAGUCAUUUCCGAUGAACAACAAGAAGAAACAGGCCCAUUUUACGUGCUGGAUUUGGGUGCUACGAGGUCCCUAGUCGAGACAUGGUUCCAUAAUCUUCCCAUGGUUCAACCUUUCUAUGCAGUCAAAUCCAACCCUAACCCCGCUUUCCUCAAAGAAAUGGCAGCUCUCGGCACCGGCUUUGACUGUGCAAGCCUUCCUGAGAUUGAAACCAUUUUAUCGCUUGGGGUUUCGCCUGAUCGAAUCGUUUUCGCAAACACAUGCAAACCCGAGUCUCACAUCAAGUAUGCAGCUAAAGUUGGCGUUAACUUAGCCACUUUCGACUCCAACUGUGAGCUCGAAAAGAUAAAGAAGUGGCACCCGAAAUGUGAACUGUUGAUCCGAAUCAAAGUCCCGGAAGCCAGUGGUUCAGCAUUCAUGUUCGGUUCCAAAUUCGGUGCACUCCCUGAGGAAAUUGUUCCCCUUCUGAAAGCUGCUCAAGAAGCGAAGCUCCAAGUUGUCGGAGUCUCGUUUCAUAUUGGGACUGGAGCAAUUAACUUCCAUUCAAUCCAAGGUGCCAUCGAAGCAGCUAAAACAACGUUCGACUUUGCAGCUCAACUUGGGCUACCUAAAAUGCAUAUCUUAGACAUCGGUGGAGGCUUCACAUCAGGUCCAAAGUUUACCGAUGCAGCCUCCGCCGUGAAAGUUGCUUUACAAAAAUAUUUCCCUGGUGAGCUAGCUGAUAGUAGCUUAAAAAUCAUUGCGGAACCUGGUUACUUCUUUGCUAAUUCGCCAUUUACAUUAGCGACAAGCAUAAUAGGGAAACGAGAAAGGGGAGACGUUAAAGAGUACUGGAUUAACGACGGAGUUUGGGGGUCUAUGAACAUUUUGAAGGACGAUCAUGACGAAGUGAUUUGCACUCCCCUCACCAUAAAAAAUCCCACAUGCGAAGGGCUGAAAACAUGGAAUUCUACAGUUUUUGGACCAACAUGUGAUCCAAAUGAUAUAGUUUUGAAGGGUUUCAAAUUGCCAGAACUAGACGUGAAUGAUUGGUUGGUAUUUCAGAACAUGGGGGCUUAUACUUCAUCACGUGGGAACGAUUUCAAUGGCUUCAAAACCUCAGCUAUUCCAACUUAUAUCCUGGUUCUUAUGCCACCCCUAAGACAAGAAAAAUAAGUGGUUUGGGCUAAUUUGCUUGCCAACUCAUAUCUUCUAGCAAUCAUGACACGAUCAAAGAUAAUUUAGCUUAUGAAAUAAUGUCAUAUCUUGCUACAAGAUCCAUUCAAGCAAUAAGUUCUUUAAUUAA